UUUUUCCAUUAAUUCAUUUCUCGAGUGAGUCAAGGGUUCCGUUUGGGGUUCACCCUCUACCACCGCCGUCAGCACUCGGCAGUGCACCUCCUUUUCCUCCUCUGUCUCGCUCAUCCCUUCUCCGGUCGUCGGAACAAGCUUCUCAACCACUCUAUCGAACCACCAGUUUAACCAUGGCUUGGAGGCGCGUCCUCGCGAAGCUUGGAAAACAACAAUUGUUGGGGCGCUCACAUUUUUAUGGAAGAUCUCAAUCUCAUCGUGUGACAGACAAGAUUGAAGCUGGUAUUGAUGACCGAAUUGGAAACUUCCACGAAAGGUUCCAGUCGAGUUAUGCUGGAAAUUUUGCUCGAAGAGUAAGAGAUACUGAUGGCAUGAAUGAUGUAACAUUGCUUAAAGAGCUAUACAAAAAUGAUCCAGAAAGAGUUAUUAGACUCUUUGAAAGUCAGCCAUCACUGCACUCAAACCCUUCUGCACUUGCUGAGUAUGUUAAGGCAUUAGUGAAAGUUGAUAGGUUGGACCAAAGUACAUUGCUGGAAACUUUACAAAGAGGUGUAGGCAUUGCUAACUCAGCAAGGGAGGAGGAUCUCUUAACCAACUAUAACAGUAUCCCAGCAUUAAAGAAUGCUGGCCUAUCAACAAAGGAUGGUAUUCUUGGGACUGCAAAUGCCCCCAUACAUAUGGUGACUGCAGAAUCCAGCAAUUUUAAAGAGCAGUUAUGGCGUACAUUUCGGACUCUUGCAGUCUCAUUUCUGGUAAUAUCUGGUGUUGGAGCACUUAUUGAGGAUAGGGGAAUCAGUAAAGCAGGCCUCGGUCUACAUGAAGAGGUUCAACCAAGCAUGGAUUCUAGCACAAAAUUUAGUGAUGUAAAAGGCGUUGAUGAGGCCAAAGCUGAACUAGAGGAAAUUGUCCAUUACCUUCGUGAUCCUAAGCGUUUCACCCGUCUUGGUGGGAAGCUUCCAAAAGGUGUGUUGCUGGUUGGUCCCCCUGGCACAGGGAAGACAAUGCUAGCAAGGGCUAUUGCAGGGGAAGCCAGUGUCCCUUUUUUCUCAUGCAGUGGCAGCGAGUUUGAAGAAAUGUUUGUUGGUGUGGGAGCUAGGAGAGUUCGGGAUCUUUUUGCUGCUGCAAAGAAAAGAUCUCCCUGUAUUAUAUUCAUUGAUGAGAUUGAUGCAAUUGGUGGGAGCCGCAACCCCAAGGAUCAACAGUACAUGAAAAUGACACUGAAUCAAUUACUUGUUGAACUGGAUGGUUUUAAGCAGAACGAAGGCAUUAUUGUCAUUGCAGCAACCAACUUCCCAGAGUCAUUAGACAAAGCUCUUGUGAGGCCUGGUCGUUUUGAUCGCCAUAUUGUUGUUCCCAAUCCAGAUGUUGAGGGAAGAAGACAGAUUUUAGAAUCCCACAUGUCAAAGGUCUUGAAGGCGGAAGAUGUGGAUCUGAUGAUAAUUGCCAGGGGUACACCAGGGUUCUCAGGUGCGGAUCUUGCAAAUUUGGUUAAUGUUGCUGCCCUUAAGGCUGCUAUGGAUGGAGCAAUAGCUGUUACAAUGGCUGACCUGGAGUAUGCAAAAGACAAGAUAAUGAUGGGCAGCGAAAGGAAAUCAGCAGUUAUUUCUGAAGAAUCCAAGAAGUUGACAGCUUAUCAUGAAGGUGGUCAUGCUCUUGUUGCUGUCCACACUGAUGGUGCCCUUCCAGUCCACAAAGCUACAAUUGUGCCCCGAGGGAUGUCCCUUGGUAUGGUUGCCCAGUUGCCAGAGAAGGAUGAGACAAGCAUCUCUAAGAAACAAAUGCUGGCAAGACUUGAUGUGUGCAUGGGUGGCCGGGUAGCCGAAGAGCUAAUAUUUGGGGAGAAUGAAGUGACUUCUGGCGCUUCAUCAGAUCUGCAACAGGCAACUAAACUUGCAAGAGCAAUGGUCACAAAAUAUGGAAUGAGUAAGCUGGUUGGUUUUGUUUCACACAACUAUGAUGAUAAUGGCAGGAGCAUGAGCACCGAAACAAGGCUACUGAUUGAGGAGGAGAUCAAGGUUUUUCUGGAAAGGGCGUACAAUAAUGCAAAAACUAUAUUGACAACCCACAACAAAGAGCUGCAUGCUCUUGCCAAUGCGCUUCUUGAGCACGAAACACUUUCUGGUGCACAGAUCAAGAACUUACUUGCUCAAGUAAAUAGUCACACGCAGCAGCAACAUCAGGAAGUGGCACCUGCUCAAGUGAAUUCCCCAGCAGCACCUACAAUGCCUCCCUCAGCAGCUGCAUCAGCUGCUGCAGCUGCAGCCGCUGCCGCAGCCCAAGCAGCAGCUAAGGCUAAGGGAGUUGCUCAGCCUGCAGUUGGGUCUUAGUCACAAAUUAUGUUCUACAUUUCAGCAUGUAUAGUUUUUUAUGCUGCAGGUUAUUUAUACCAUCAGAAAGCACAAACAGGAUGGCCACAGAAAGAGAUGACGUUAAAAAUUCAAUUAUGGACAGCUUAACUUGUGUGUGUAUGUGUAACAUUCAUUUUCUGCUUCACUGAUUAACACAAGAACACAACUAGAACUUUGGUGUUCUGAAUAUUUCCAAAUUUUGAAUUGGUACCUGUCUACUGUAAUACUAAUAAUGUUCAGUACCUUUAAAUUAUAAUUAUAAUUCAUGUUCUGUUGUCUCUUA